GAUCUGUAACUUUCAACCGUGCCUCUGGGGAAGCACUGGUGCAAUAAUUGGGAAAUCAUCAGCACAAGCAAGCUGUGGAGCUCUUCCUGACCUCAUAAACUAAAGGCCUAACCGAGUACAGCCAAGUGUUGCACACCCUGCAAUGGAUCACUCAGAUGGCAAGAACAAAGUUAAAGUUGCAGUGGUGGGAGGAGGUUUGGUUGGCGCUUUAAAUGCCUGCUUCUUUGCCAAAAGAGGUUUUCAAGUUGAGCUUUAUGAAUCUAGAGAAGAUAUUCGAAGAGCCAAAGUGGUCAAAGGGAGAAGUAUUAACCUGGCUCUUUCUCACAGAGGUCGAGAAGCUUUGGAAGCUGUCGGAAUGGAAGAUAAGGUGGUGUCAAAAGGGAUCCCCAUGCAUGGAAGAAUGAUACACUCUCCGAGUGGGAAAAGAUCACCAAUCUUCUACGGCAAGAAAGGACAGUACAUCCUGUCUGUGGACAGAGCCAACCUCAAUAAGGAACUCUUGUCUGCGGCUGAGGGUUAUCCUAACACUAAGAUGAACUUUGGACACAAGCUACUGGAUUGGAAUUUGGAAUCUGGGGCAAUGACAUUUCUUAGGUCAGAUGGCUCAAAAGAAGAAAUGGUGUGUGACCUCAUUGUGGGUUGUGAUGGGGCCUUUUCAGCCAUCAGAAAGCAGUUCAUGCGUCAAAGCCGGUUUAAUUACAGCCAGACGUACAUUCCACAUGGUUAUAUGGAACUCACAAUACCUCCAAAAAAUGGCGAUUUUGCCAUGGAACCAAACUACCUCCACAUCUGGCCAAGGAACACCUUCAUGAUGAUAGCUCUACCAAACUUAGACAUGACUUUUACCUGCACCCUUUUCAUGCCUUUCGAAGAGUUUGAGAAAAUCACUACUCCAGAACAAGCCAUGGAAUUUUUUGAGAGAUACUUCCCAGAUGCUAUUCCUCUCAUUGGAAUGGCGGCCCUGAGAAAGGAUUUUUUCCGCCUGCCACCGCAGGCCAUGGUGUCAGUGAAGUGCUCUUCGUAUCACAUUGGAACCAAGUGUGUGCUAAUGGGAGAUGCAGCCCAUGCUGUGGUGCCCUUUUAUGGGCAGGGCAUGAAUGCGGGCUUUGAAGAUUGUCUUGUUUUCAAUGAUUUAAUGGAUCAAUAUAACAAUGAUUUCAGUAGAGUUCUUCCAGAAUUUUCGAGACUUCGAGUGCCUGACGACCAUGCUAUAGCAGACCUCGCUAUGUACAACUAUAUUGAGAUGCGUGCACAUGUUAAUUCCAAGUGGUUCCUGUUCCGAAAAUAUCUUGAUAUGGUUCUUCAUUUUCUUAUGCCUAAUACCAUAAUCCCUCUAUACACUAUGGUUACAUUCACCAGAAUCAGGUACCAUGAAGCAGUAAAUCGAUGGCAAUGGCAGAACAAGGUGAUCAACCGAGGCCUGGUAUUGUGUGCUGUGGCAUCAGUAACAGGUGGCGCAUACAUGCUUGUCAAGUACUGUCCCCGUGUUCCUAGCGUUCAGCUGCAUCAGCUGUGGAGCAGGGCUCAGACCCUGAAGCUUUUCUAGCAUCGCCACCAAGGUGAUCCUCAGAUAUCAGUGCCUCAGGGCAGAUGAAUUUAAAUCACUGUAACCAUGAAGGGCAUCGAAACAAGUAUGCCAAACGAUUUCACAGGCUGUUUGGGUGAGAAACAGAACUAUUGCCAUUGAUUUUCUAAUUUAAGAAUGUAGUGCUUUGAAUAAUUUAAAAUGUCACAAUUUGCUGUUUUAUAAAAAGAAAAUAUAAUGUGGCCCUGGGUGCAGUGAUUUUUGUCAUAUAGUGUACAGUCACUUAUACACAGUUACUGUAAAUUGUGCACACAAACAGUAGGGCAAGGAGAUGCCUGAUUGUGUAGCAGAAUUUCAGAAUUCUCUGAAAGAGAUCAGAUACGAAAUACUGUACUUGAUAAACCUUGACAAUAUUGUCCUCAUUGCUGUUAUUCUCACAGCAAAUUUGAUUUCAAGUGAAAUGUAAAUGUAAUUAGGACCUUUGUUUGUAAACAAAACACUAAUAAAACCGUCAGAAUGCAGAAAUUUAAAUCUGUAUUAAUCUAAUAAACACCAGAAAAGCGCAAUAAAAGGGUUAAAUAUUGUA